AGAGAGGGAAGGGCGAGAAACUGAGUUUAGAGAGAGAGAGGAGGUACAUGGUUAAAUGGAUGUUAGGUUUAGAUGGAAGAGAGUUAUUAAUAAUAAUAGAUGAUCGGUUUAGAAGAUGCUGUCGUAAAUAGUUAGAUCCUUAGGUCUCUUAUAAAAUAGGAAUAAAAAAUUAGGGUGCGGAGAUAUUUACCCUUGUUUAUUUUCAUUCUCUUCGUGGGGAGAAAUACGCGCGUCGUAGUUGCGAGUCCGGUAGACGGAGAAACUUAGAAAAGUUUAGAGAGAGAAAAAGCGCUUGGAAUAGAAGAGCAACCAGAGGGAGGAGGGAGCAGUGCGGGAGGCAUCAAGAAUCCGAGAGUAGAGAGAGAGAUGGGAGGGCACGGGGGCCUCAACAUCCUUCCUCAGAAGCGAUGGAACGUUUACAACUACGAGAACAGAGAGAAAGUUCGCCUCGACGAGGAAGCAGCAGCAAGAGAGGAACAACUGAAACAAGAGCAAUCGAGAAAGAGAGACGCUGAAUUUCGCAUAGAGAGACUCAGAGCAUUAAAGGGCUUAACCCCUCAAAGCCGAACCGCGUCCACAUCGAGCCUGGCUCCUGAGCCUGGGUCUAACCACAUAAACUUGUUUGAAGGCUUGAAGGUAUUCGAUUUGGGGCAAGAUACAGAGCCCUCGGCUCUAAAAGAGGGUUUGAAUAGGGAGAAAAAGAGGAGAAAGGAAGAGGAGUCGGCGAAGAUUAUAUUGCCUGAGGAUGAGAAGUACAGGCUUGGUUAUGGGGUGGCUGGAAAAGGGGUGCAGACGCCAUGGUAUCUAUCGAGAAGCUUGGAUUAUGGGGAUAGUUUGAGUGGUGAAGUUGCGGACGAGGAUAAAGGUGCUGGAAAUGGGGGAGAAAUAUCAGGAUCUCCGAAAGUAAGCAAGAAGUCAGUGGAAGAACUAAGGGAGGAGCGCAUGAAGAGGGAAAAGAAAGAGAGAGAAAAGGUACGUAUGCUACUAUCUAACAACAGCAAGGUCUCUCUGGCUGGAAGAUACAAAAGUUCUAUGAGAUAAUUCGUGGACACGGCAUUAUGGUCAGCGAAAAGACUUUUGAUCCAUUGGCUAUGGAAUUUGGAAAAUUGAUUUAUGCACUUCAUGAAUAGUCAAUAUUGCCCCGGUAUAUCAUGAAGAAUUAUGCGAAUCCCAAAAAGGUGGUUUGUUUUGCUAAUUCAAACAGGAGCCAACGUGUGAAAAUCUCUUCAGUGUAAUCCCAUUGGCCAUUUUCAUGGGGAAUUGGUUUUGAUAUAUCACUUUUGUCUUGUCACAUGAUAGCGAGAAUGUUAUAUUCAGCUUAGUCAAAAAAGAGAUUGUUCUAAUUAUAUAAAAAUGCAAUGUUCUCAUGAAUCAAAAUAUGCCUUGUUUUCAA